CAGGAAGAAGUUUCGCUAGUUCAACGAGGUUCCUACCUAGGUGGCUAACUUAGUGUUUUAGCAAGAAGAUAUGAAUAGAGCUUUGCUAAUGUUUGAAAAAUACCAGUGACAGUUAUUUCUGCAUAUAUUUAUGCUAGCUAGUUAGCUUGCUAUAUGUUAGGGGAGACUGUCAUGUCACCGAACGUUACAGAUUUUAAACAAUUGGUCCAGAGAUUCUACGUCCUUCAAGCUGAACGGGUAGAAGCUUACAGACUUUUUGAGGAGGGCCAUGAGGCAUACCUGAGAACUGGACCCCACUAUGAUUUUGAGCACUACAAACAGCUGGUUCAUGAGAUAACCCAGGCAUUCAGUGGGAUAUCAAAAGAGGUGCUGGAGAUCAAGGAGCGACUGCACCAAGACUUUGAUCGGCCAGAUCUCUCAGAGCAUAUAGAGAAGCUGCAGAUCAAGGAGAAGCAGAAGCUGGAACUGACAGCCAAGCUGCAGCUGGCAAAGCAGAACGCCCAAGAUCACCCAGAAGAUGAGGGCUGUCAAGAGAGGAUCCAGGAAAUCAGACAGGAUAUAAUAAAAAACAAGGAAGCGCUGAGUGAGAUUCUGCAGGACUUCAAAUACGACUCUGAGGAGUGUGAGUGACAUCUAUUCCCAGGAGGCAGCCUCUUUGACAGAGAUCGAUGGACUCCUCUGCUGCAACUUCCUUCUUUUUUUAUUUGUCUAAGUUAUUGAUUCUUAUCUGGCUUCAAUCUUAAUACCAUCUACCUGACGACUGCAGUUUUGUGGUACAUCUAAAGGUCACUUCAUUCAGAUUGUCUGGGGCUCUGGCAAAAAGCCUUUUUCCUGGAAAUGCUGCGAGAGGAUGCUUACAUUUGAAUGUUGAAUAUGGCUUUUCCAUACAAAUACAGUAAGAGCUGUAUUU